UAUAACUUGUGUUGUAAGAGAGAUAUUUUAGAUGGUACGGCCGAGCUUCAACUUCCUUUGCCAGGAAGUUUCUCUUCUUUCCUAUACCUUCAAAUCUAAAGCCAAACCACAAUUCUCUCGUCGAUCGCUGCUAUUCGAAUGCUAUGGACCAUUACUUGGCCUCACUUCCACCCGGCUUCCGAUUCCAACCGAACGAUCUUGAACUCCACUACUACCUCAAGAACUGGGUCUCCGGCAACCCUCUCAAACCGAUCGACGUCGUCGAUGUCUACAAGUCCGAGCCCUGGGACCUCACACGUAAAUCGACGUUAAAGAUGGGGGACCAAGAGUCGUAUUUCUUCAGUGCACUGGGCAGAAAAUAUGGGAAGAGUCCGAGGUUCAAUCGGACCACAGAGAAGGGUUUCUGGAAGUCCACAGGGAGGGACCGCAAGGUCCGCCACAACUCGCGCACUGUGAUGAUGAAGAAAAUCCUCCCUUUUUACACCGGCCGACCUGGCCAUGGGGUUCCUACACCUUGGGUCAUGCACGAGUACCGCCUCGUUGACAAGGAAUUGGAGAAGAAUGGAAUUGCCCUAGACUCGCUUGUACUAUGUAAGAUUUCUCAGAAGAGUAGGACGGGGCCCAAGAAUGAGGAGGCGUCGUUCGGUGAAGAGGCUGCCACUGAGGAAGUGGCGGUUGGUGAUGGUGAAACUUCAGAGCUGCAUCAUGACCAGAACUUUAUCCCAGAGGAAAAUGGGAUGGAUGCAAACUCAGUCAGAGAUGAUGGCUUUUAUAUUGAAGCUAAUGAUCUUUUGAACCCCAUGGAAGAAAAUCCUGCAGAUUUUGAAAUGGCUGAUCAGUACCUGAAUUUAGAUUAUGACCUUCCCGAUAUGAAUUUUGAAGGUUUUGAUCCCUCUGAAUUUUUAGGGACUGAAAACGCUAGUUCUCACCAAACACCCAUCACCCAGAAGGUAAAGUUUUACUUUUGA